AGAAAUUUGAGAUUUAUGCGGGAUUGAGGUUAGAUCAAGUUACGGGUUACCAAAAAAGUUCUUGUAGUUAAGAUCUACAAGUAUGAUUUAUCAGCUGCGUAUAUUUUUGUUUUUUCGGAUUACUGAUGGGUGUACAUUUUGAAUGCAUUAAAUGGUACUCUUGCAGAGAAUCUUGUGAUAGAGCGGACUGAAUCUUGGAAUUUACGCAUUUAUGAGAAUAGUUGGAUUCUUGUAGUCGGAUAAAAUACUGAAAUAAGUUACAGGCAGUCGAAGCUGGCUGUUACUUCUUAUUGAAUCGGAUGGCUCGAAUGUCUUCGAGUUUUAGCGGAGAUGCCGACAGUCCUCCAAUAGCUCCUUCGAGCGCAUUGACUCGGCUAAAUUCAAUUUUGCAUCGUCCUGAACAGUUGGAGCAUCUUGUUGCUGGAAUCAGCGGUGGUGUGGUAUCCACUUUAGUAUUGCAUCCACUGGACUUAAUUAAAGUCCGAUUCGCCGUAAACGAUGGCACGUCACCGCACAGUGCUGUUGUCUCGCGUGGCCUCCGAUAUGCAUUUGCCCAUACCUGGCGAGAAGGCGGAAUCCGAGCCUUAUACCAGGGAGUUACGCCUAGCUGUCUGGGCGCAGGGACUUCAUGGGGAGUGUAUUUCUUGAUGUACAAUCUUACCAAAGAAUGGAUGGCUGGAAUUAAUAAUUCCACGGAAAACUUGACUCCGGUACAGCACAUGUUAGCAGCUGCCAAUGCAGGUGUUUGGACAUUAUUCGUUACUAACCCAAUCUGGGUGGUGAAGACCAGAAUAUGUCUGCAAUAUAAUCAGUCCGAAUUGGAUUUGCCGCAGAGUAAGCGCUAUAAAGGGCUUGUGGACUGUUUUGCAAAGAUUUACAAGUACGAAGGCAUCAGGGGCCUUUAUAAAGGAUUAAUACCCGGUAUGUUCGGUGUAUCCCACGGCGCUCUGCAGUUUAUGGCCUAUGAAGAAUUAAAAAAGCGUGCCAAUAAAUUCAAGGGAGCGGGUCCGGAAGCCAAAUUGGGCACUGUCGAAUAUUUGACUUAUGCAGCUAUAUCGAAACUUUUCGCGGCUACCGCGACGUACCCAUACCAAGUUAUCAGGGCUCGAUUACAGGACCAACAUAAAAAUUAUAACGGAUUGUGGGAUGUGAUUGUGAGAACAUGGAGAAAAGAAAGGAUACUGGGAUUUUACAAAGGUCUCGUGCCUUACCUCCUUGCCGUUACACCAAAUGUCUGCCUUGUUUUCCUGACUUACGAGAAACUGGCUCCGCGUGCAAAAGAAAAGCCGACGUUGAAAACUGAUAAAUCGCUGGAAUCUUAGCGUUUUGAAGUUUUCUAAGUUUUCCGGCAUGCUUCAAUAAUUUUUAAGAGUGCUUUAAAACUCAGGUUUUUUAUUGAAUUUUUAAAUUUGUGCCCGGAGUACUCGUAUAUGAAAAAAGGUGUACGUUUUGAAUAGAUUAGUUUGGGGAUUUUCUUGUGUUAGUACCGAUUUUUCGUGGCUCACUUCGUACUGUGAUUACAAAGAGUAUGUACAAAUAAUUGCUGGAAAUAUUCUAUCUUCAGCUACGAGUAGUGUUUUGAUUCUACCCUACUGGUAGUGAUCAUAUAUUUUUCGAUGUGUUGGGGAACUGGAUGAAGAACAAAUAAUGACGGAACUGUUU